UUCGAUAUAUCGAUUUUUUCAAAACCGAAACGAUGCAUCGGCAAAAAAAAACGAUGUAAUCGAUGUUGGCAUCGAAUUUCUUCCAGCUCUAGUGCUUGAGGAUGUAAACAAUCAUAGCAUUGAAAUGCGCUUUAAAUGCUAUUAAAAAUACAUAAACAACAUGGACAAAUCAUCAGGAGAUGAAAGAUGGAAGGAUUCGUUUGAUAAACUAUUGGAACCAAGAUCGCAAAUGUGUAAUCCUAACUUAAAGAGUGUAAGAGUAUCAUUUAAUAUCGACACAAGUGUAGAAAACAGCACCUACAGUAUAAAAGGUUGUACACCAAAAAGUUCCAAUCGAUGUGGAUCUAUAUCAACACCGAAUUAUAAAGGUUUAGACAAAGAUUUGUUUAAUUGCACUUUGUCACCGAUCAACUGCAUACAACUUGAUGGUUUUCGAGGCAGCACUGAUAAAUGCUAUUCCGAUAAGGAUGAUGAGUUGAUCACAAUAAAAAGAGACGGCUUAGUAGUACCAUUAGAAAACAAAAUUGAAAGAUGUAGUAAAUGGGCUUCUUAUGGUUCAAAACGAUUAAGUAAUCAAUCAAAUACAAUUGUUGGUGUUAGUAACCAAUCAAAUAAAACGGUUGGUGUUUUACUAAAACCAGGAAAGUGGCGUAAGUCACUAAACAUUUUUCGACGAACUCAAUUAAAUGUCAUAAAUGUAAGCGAAAAAUCUGAAAACACGAGCUCAGUAUGCCAGAAUCGGAAGACUACAUAUUUAAAAGACUUGAAAAAAGGAAAUAUCAUUUGUCAACAAGACUUAUUUAAAUAUUGCAAUCAAGACAAGCCCUUUAAAUUUAAUGAUGCAUAUUCACAAUAUAAAAUGUUAAAUACCCACAAAAUAGGCGAAGGGGCUUACGGAGAAGUCUUUCGCUACAAUGCAAAUCUUAAGGAAUGCAGCAAACAUAAAAAUGAUAUAGUUUUGAAAAUAAUACCCAUCGAUGGUUCUAUUGAAGUAAAUGGAGAAAAACAAAAAACAUUUAGUCAAAUUUGGCCAGAAAUAAUUAUAACUAACAAAAUGAGCAGCAUUCAAGGAUUCGCAAACAUGAAAAAGGUAUUAGCAGUUAAAGGAAAAUAUCCUCAACAUUUUUUAAAGCUUUGGGAACGUUAUGACGAUAAAAAAGGAUCAGAGAAUGACCAUCCUGGACUGUUUAGAGAAAAUCAACUUUUUAUAGUCUUAGAAUUACAUUUUGCAGGGUGUGACAUGUCGAAGUUUACAUUUUUAAAUGCGGAACAGUCAUAUUACGCAUUGCAACAGAUUAUUAUUAGUUUGGCUGUUGGUGAAGAAGAUUAUCAAUUUGAGCAUAGGGAUCUCCAUUUGGGAAAUUUAUUGAUUAAAACCACCACUAAAAAACACGUUUCUUUUAAAUUUAAUAAUAUGGACUUGAUGGUGCUUUCGAAAGGAGUGAAUACAACUAUUAUUGACUAUACUCUUUCAAGAAUAACCAUUGAUGACUGCUGCUAUUUUAAUGACCUCUCAAAUGAUGAUGAACUUUUUCUGGCCUCAGGAGAUUAUCAAUAUGAUAUUUACCGAAUGAUGCGUAAUGAAUUGAAAAAUAACUGGUCACUUUAUUCCCCGAAAACAAAUAUACUUUGGUUGUCCUAUAUAAUUGCCAAACUACUGGAUAGUGUUAAGUAUAAAAAUAUUAAUUCAAAGGUUCACAGAGCGCACAUAAUUAAGUUGAAGGAACUGCAAAGCAUUAUAAUGAAAUUUGAAAGUGCCGCUCAUUUCGCGAGACAUAUGUUUAAUUUAAUUUAAUUGAAUUUUCUAAUUGGAAAUUCAAUUUAUAAUGAAUAAGCAAUAUGAUCGGUCAAACUACGCUUUCUUAAGUUUAUUUGAAAUUUGUUUAAAAACUAUACAGUUAAGUCACUUAUAUUAAAUCUAUUACGUUAACUCAGCUGUACUUACAAUGUCAUUAAGCAGUACUAAUUAGAGGGGCGAACAAAAAACACACGGUGUAAUAUUUAAACUUGGCUUGGAAGCAUAACCUAUCAAAGUUCUCAUGUAUCUGCAUCCAUGGUGCUAUCCCCAAAUCCAUUCAAAAAUUUAGCCCUUUAAAGCCACGCAAAAGCACUUAUGUGUAAUACUUAAAAUUUAACAAAGUAGAGAAACAUUAGACUAAGGUCAAAUAUUUCGAACAACUACUGUACAGUAUAACACAUCCCAAAAUCCCGGCGAAAACUGAUGCCGUAAUAAAGAUAUUCUCAUUGUACUAUUCACUACACUAUAAUUCCGUGUUCCAAGUAGUAUGUAAGAAUGUAUCAAUAAAAAUGUAAAUCAGUUAUAAACGGCA